AUGUUGAGAACCGCGGCGAAAGACCAGAUGACUGCCUUUACGGAAACGCUGACUCCCGUUGUCACCGACGCUUGGUUUGACCUUGACCUGCAAUUGAUAGGCGAUGAUAUCUUACAAUGCGACUCCCUUGUAGGGCUGCAAGAUGUGGCUGGACCUGUGGGAGGACGAACGAGGACUGAAGGACAGUGGAGUGGUCAGCUACCGGAGACUGCGAAUAACAACUCCAAACCGGCCCUUGAGGGUCGUCCAGCGACAUUCGACGAUCUACUUAUAGAGGCUUGGAGCCAUCCUCUGGUGUACGAUCUCGGUGCACCGGGAGCAACGUCCUCCGCCAGCAACACAGCAGAGACGCCGUCUCCGCACACCACUCCAAGCAUAGCCUCCUUACCCGAAUCUCCAUUCGACCAACCCCAGGAGUUCUACCCGUUCAUCAUAUCGAGCAACAAGCGCACGCGGCGACAGGAGCAAAACCAGCGAGCACAACGAGCCUACAGGGCACGGCAAAAGCGACUCGUCACAGACUUGGAAGCCGAAGUCAAUAGUCUAAAGAACACCAACACAAAGCAAGAAGCCAGAAUUCAGCAAAUGGAGUGCGAGCUCAAUCGUGUGCGACACGGUAUUCUUAUACACAUGAACCAAAGGCAUGGGUUUGAUCUGUCGUUGCUGAAGGGCAUCGAUACUCCGAAUACACCGUGA